UACGCGGAGGUGGGGUGGGGGGAAGCCUCGUCUUUCCUUUCCCCGCCCUUCGCCCUGCGAGCCUUCAAUGCGAGCAGCCUGCCUGGGGCGUUAGCGGGAGAGUCCUCAGCCGCACCCUCUUUUUCCACGGCCCCGGUUCAGAGAUGGGCAGCUGAACCCUCUUCGGCGACUGACGGCCGGCCGAGCGGGAGGGAGGAGGGGUCGGUGGCUGGAGGCGAUCGUGGGGAGGAGGAGCAGCCUUCGCCGACUGCGCUGAAGGGGAAGGCGACGAAGCGCUGGAACCAGCCAGCCUCUUCUGCCGCCGUCGCUGCCGCCGGGGAUGUGCGGUGAGGGCCCGGGCCCUCCUGGCAGACGGAAGAGCUGAUUAACCGGGGAGGGGAAGAUGGGGCGCGGGAAGAUGGCGUCUCCGGCGGGGUCGGUGGCUUCCUCCCGCAGCCGCUCCCGGAUAGGAGGCGGGAGGCGACACUGCCUGUGGCGGCGUGCUGGUCCUUUCCUUUACUGGGUGCCGGUCCUCUUCAUCUGCAGCAUCCUGGCCUGGUCUUACUAUGCCUACGUCGCCCAGCUCUGUCUGCUAACAAUAUCAAAUAUUGGAGAAAAAAUGGUGUGCCUGAUUGCGUAUCAUCUAUUUUUCAUGAUGUUUUUGUGGUCUUACUGGAAAACAAUCUUUACAUUACCAAUGAAUCCUUCCAAAGAAUUCCAUCUGAGCUAUUCAGAUAAGGAAUUGCUGGAAAGAGAACCUAGAAAUGAAACCCAUCAAGAAGUGCUGAAGAGGGCAGCCAAGGACCUCCCUAUCAGUACAAGAACAAUGUCUGGAGCAAUCAGAUAUUGUGAUAGAUGCCAACUUAUAAAACCAGAUCGUUGCCAUCACUGUUCUGUCUGUGAUAAAUGUAUUUUGAAAAUGGAUCAUCACUGUCCCUGGGUGAACAACUGUGUUGGAUUCUCAAAUUACAAGUUUUUCCUUCUGUUCUUGGCUUAUUCUCUAUUAUACUGCCUUUUCAUCUUUGCAACUGAGUUACAGCAUUUUAUUAGAUUCUGGACAAAUGGCCUUCCUGACACUCAAGCCAAGUUCCAUAUUAUGUUUUUGUUCUUUGCAGCAGCUAUGUUUUCAAUUAGCUUAUCCUCUCUCUUUGGUUAUCAUUGCUGGUUGGUCAGUAAGAAUAAAUCAACUUUAGAGGCCUUCCGAGCACCUGUUUUUCGACAUGGAACAGAUAAAAAUGGGUUUAAUUUGGGCUUCAGCAAAAACCUAAGGGAAGUCUUUGGAGAUGAGAAAAAAUACUGGCUGUUGCCAAUUUUUACCAGCCUAGGAGAUGGAUGCUCUUUUCCUACCUGCCUUGUUAAUCAAGAUCUUGAACAAGCUUCUACUCCUGCAGGACACAAUGCAAAUAAAAAUGAGAAUAGUCACCAUUUUCCGGCUAAGACAUUACGAGAUUCUCAGAGCCACCUUCUUACUGAUCCUCAAUCUUGGACACAAACUAAUGCAGAUACUGAAAAGAACAAACUAGGUAUGAGCAAUCCUGCAUUAUCUAUGGAAAAUGAAACCUAGUCUUACAAGUAAAGAAAACAACACUGGGUCUUAAA